CUCGUCUGCCACCGACACCAGGCACUAUAUAUUGUCCAGCUUCCUUGAAAUUGGACCCCAAAUCAACGAAGACGCUACUAUAAACAAAUCUCGUCAAUGAUCAUUCAGAGUCCUUAAAAACAAAAAGCAUUAAAAAGGCAACUACAUGAUGGGUGAAGGAGGAUCUAUGGCAGUCGAUUUUAUAAGAAGUAAGCUGGGUGUCGACGCUUUCAAUACACUACCCAUUUCCUCCAAUCCUUUUUGGGAGCAAUGGUGUUCAAUGGACCAGCGAGCCUUUCCUCAGUCGGGGGAAAAAGGCAAUUUGGUGAGCGUUUACAGGCAGAAUAAAUUCAUGUUCAAUGAUUCCCUGCCUACCUCCCUAGCCAGUUCCCUGGAUCACUGGAGUCAUCCAUACCCUGCCGCCACCUUCACGGCUACACCCUCAGCCUUUCAGACGCGGUAUUCCCAAACAUCCCACCAGUUAGGCCUCCCGUCUCCGCCCUUAACUGCUAAAAGGGAGGAGCGUCAAAAGAGGAAGCGUUGCUUAAACAAAAAUUCAACUCGCAAACUUUGGAGACGAAAUUCCUCUCAAGACACCAAAGCCAAUACAGCGACGGGAGGAGGAGGAGGAGGAGGAGGAGGAGGUACUUGCUGUUCAAACAGACCUUGCGGUACCCACGGCGACCAUGGUAAUGAGCACUCGGACCAACAAGACAAGAACCAUAGCCAACAUGCAAAAGAAAGGAAUCGUAUUGCAGCCGGCAAAUACCGAGCUAAGAAUCGAGAACAUAGGCUAAGAGUCCAGUUACAGGUGCAAGAGCUGGAACAAACCAAUCACGACCUGUCCAACUGCGUAGCCAACCUGACUCGUGAGGUCCAGGAGCUCAAGAUGAAGCUUUUACAACAUACCGAUUGCGACUGCUCGCUCAUCCAUGACUACCUCGCCGCAGAGGCCCAGCGCUACGCUUGUGGACUCAGUAAGCAAUCGCAGCUCGAGGCUAUUCCCCCAGCGCAGCAUGCAAUUAAAGUACCACAAGGAGAAUAA